AUGAAACUCGUGUACCCUCAUGAUGAUUCAGAUUUUAACUUCUCUAUAGAAUGGCUUGGGAAAUUCAAGAACCGACAUGGCAUAAAGUCAUUUCGUCGUUUUGGCGAGAGUGAGUUUGUUGGUGUACAAGACAUGGAGCAGAAAUUGGUAUCGAUUUGGGAGAAAAUUGAUCAGUUCCCUAUGAAAGGUGUUUUCAAUAUGGAUGAAACUGGAUUGUUUUAUAGGCUACAAGCUGAUCAUUCACUGGCAACAAAACAACAUGAAGGAAGAAAACAAGAUAAAGAAAGGCUGACGGUAGUUAUUUGUUGCAAUGAAGAUGGCUCUGAAAAAAUCCUCUAUGGAUUAUUGGGAAAUAUGCAAAGCCUUGUUGCUUCAAGAAUGUCAACACGAAUAGCUUGGAUUGUCAGUAUCGAGCUAACAAAAAAGCAUGGAUGA